UGAUGUAUUAUUUGUCAUACAUGAAAUAUAUGUGUGGGUAAAUUGGUCACGUAUCCUGUGACAUAUGACGUCAGUCGUGGACUGCAGUGGUGGUGUUUUUGUUGACUGAAAAUGUUAUAAGGUACAGGGAUGCACGAAUGCGUGAGGCUAGUGGAGUAUGUGUGCAGCGUCAGUUUGAUCUGGGCCGUACUUCCCUACGGUCAGACGGUAGUGUAGGCAGUGGAGCAGUCAUGUUCCGCGAGCAGGUGAACACCGUCUCAGCCUGGUUUGACCAGUGGAAUGAAUGCGAACGUACUGUGGCGCUCUACUCCCUGCUGAAGCGGCUCAGCCCAGCCAAGUGUCGCUUCCUGGCCCUGGCUUUGGAUCACAGCCUCGCUGAAUGUGGCGAGCUGCAUCAGACUGAAAUACAGGCAAACAAUCCAGGAUACAUUGGAAGCAUCUUGUCUCUGGGCUGCGACGGCUCGACACUGAGGCAGUUGCUGCAGCUACUGCCCCUGCUGCGGCCUGGCAACUGCGAAGCCAAGUCUCGCUAUCUUGCGGCCAUCCACUCCGCGCUCAGCCAUGCAGUGGAGACCGGGGCGUAUGUGGAGGAAGCGAGACAGCUCCUCAGUUAUGCGCUGAUACAUCCAGCAAUCAGCAAUGGCGACAGGAGGUCACUCACUCAGUGGCUUCGCCACCUAGAGGACCGCAUUGCCAAUGGUCCGUCAUCGGGAGGAGUAGCUGGAGCGAUCGGUACUUGUACACCUGUGGCAGACACUCCACCGGUGUGGGGCACCAAUGGCCACUUUCAGGCAAAUGGGCAGCACCUGAAGGUGCGGCGUAGCAACAGCCUCACGCCACCAGUCACAGUGAGUCAGACGUCGGAGCUAUGGAGUUCACAGGACGACCUCAGCUACAAUGCGAGGAACAAGCCCCGCAGCUUCUCACUGUCCUCGGAGCACCCGCCUCCGCUGUCGCCGCAGAGUUCACUGGCGUCGUCAGGCAGUGGCUCUGAAUCGCAGCUGGAGGAUAACAUUUCCCUGCAGCAGGGACCCGACCCUGUCGGCAUGAGGGAUGUACCAGCGUGGCUGAAAUCACUUCGCCUGCACAAAUAUGUCAGCCUUUUCUUGACACUGACGUAUGAGGAGAUGAUGGCACUGACUGAAGAGUGGCUGGCUGCGAGAGGUGUGACGAAGGGAGCAAGGCACAAGAUUGUGAUGUCGGUGCGGAAGCUGCGGGAGCGCGGGUCGCUCUUGCGGCAGGUGGAGCGCGAAGUGACGGAGGGGGGACCCGCUACCCUGGGCCCGGCCCUCGAUGAGCUCAAGACUGUACUCUUGUCCCCCAUAAAGCCACAGCCACCCGCAGCUGCAGCGGAGGACGCCAGUAACACUGACGAGGAGGGUACCGAUGAUAGGGAGUUGGACGUGCCCACUCAGUUCACGAGGUGCAUCGGGAAAGUGUGCUCAAAGAUGCUGGGCGGUGUGGGAGGCAGGCCGGAUCCCGAGUGUGCGGGCCACCUGGUGCAGCUGGUGUACCUGCUGGACCGUGCCGUUACCCACGACGCCUUCCCCCCACACCACAAGCGCCGCCUGGCCCAGUGGCGCAGCCGCGUCCAGGACGCGUGGCGCUGUGUGCCGCUGCCCCUCCCACCCCCUCCGCCGCCUCUCCCUCCUUCGCCGUGCAUUUCUGGCCCCGUGGUGUCGGGUCCGGGCCAGCACCAGUCGGGAGGGCUGCGAGCGAGUGGCAAAAACAGGUGGCAGAACACUCAACAGCACUUUGGGUAUUCGGGAGGCCACAGCAAUGGCUACUCUCACGGGAACAGGUUCCAACAGCCACCUCCUUCUCACCCGCGGAAGAGUGGGGUUUUCUCACCUACGGGUCCCAUCCAAAUUCAGCAGAGGGUGCAGGCAUCGACCAAGAGAGCAGAACACACGACACCACCAGUGCUUUCGGUUUCUGCAGAGUCAUCCAACCUGCCAGUGCCCGUCCACGUUCCAAGCGUCAGGUGUGUUCUGCCGCCUCCACAGCAGCAGAGGCAGAUGCCGGCCGCCCCGCCCCGGCCGUCUCCCGUCCCGUCAGGCCCACCGCCAUCGUUCACAGGCUUGUUUACGCAGCCUCCAGUGGAGCUGCAGGCACGUCAGGAAGAGUGUGCUAGAAACGUCCGCACAGACGUGGAUGCGAACGACAUGGAACUGGAUUCCCGCCUGGAGUCCCUAUGCCUCCGCAUGACAGAGCACGCCCUGGGGGGCAAUGGUGAGAACUAAGGUUACCUGUUGAGACCACAUAAGUAUCUUCCCAUUUCUAUUUUGAAUUCUUUCUGUUCCAUGCAGUGUGUCAUACCAUCUCAGUGGGACAAUGCAAUUUGUAAUUUCUCUGCAAUUUCUAAUCUCAGUGGAAGAAAGUGA